AUGCCAUCUGAAAUGUGCCUCAGCAUUCAAGAAAUGCUGACAGGUCACAGGCUGUGCCAAUCAAAGUCUCAUAAGGAUGCCGUCCUAGCAGCUCUGAACCAGCAGAGGAAUGAUGGGAUACUCUGUGAUGUCAUUCUGGUUGCUGAGGAACAAAAAUUCCAUGCCCAUAAAGCAGUGCUGGCAGCAUGCAGUGAUUAUUUCCGAGCCAUGUUUAGCCUGUGUAUGGUGGAGAGUGUUGCUGAGGAAGUGAGCCUACAUGGAGUGACCAGCCUGGGUCUGAAACAAGCUCUGGAUUUUGCAUAUACAGGCCAGAUCUUAUUGGAACCAGGUAUAGUUCAAGACGUGCUUGCAGCGGGAAGUCACCUUCAGUUAUUGGAGCUCCUGAAACUGUGUUCUCACUAUCUAAUCCAGGAACUGACUAGUUUCAAUUACCUGGAUUUAUACAAACUUGCUGACCUAUUUAAUCUUACACUGCUGGAAGAAGCAGUGGUUAAUUUCCUCGUCAAACAUCUUUCUGAACUGCUGAAGAACCACCCUGAGAAGGUCAUGGCACUUCCUUACCGGCUGCUGCGAGAAGUUCUAAAGAGUGACCGCCUGACAUCGCUAAGCGAGGAGCAGAUAUGGCAGCUGGCAGUCAGAUGGUUGGAACAUGGUUGUCGGUAUCAGUAUAUGGAUGAACUCUUACAAUACGUGCGUUUCGGUUUGAUGGAUGUUGAUACACUUCAUGCUGUGGCCCUAUCUCACCCUCUGGUUCAGGCCAGUGAAACUGCCAUGGCUUUCGUUACUGAAUCCUUGGAGUACCACCAGAGCAUAUAUGCACAGCCCAUAUGGCAAACCAUCAGGACACGACCUCGCUUCCAGUCAGAAACACUUUAUAUUGUUGGUGGUAAGAAGCGUGAGAUUUGCAAAGUGAGAGACCUGCGAUAUUUUAAUCCAGUGAACCAGGAAAAUGUUCACAUAGCAAGGGUUUCAAACUGGAGUGAGCUGUGUCCUAUGCCUGUGGGAAGAAGUCAUCAUUGCGUAGCUGUCAUGGGGGACUUCCUUUUUGUAGCAGGUGGGGAGGUGGAGCACGCAACAGGUCGCACUUGUGCAGUGAGGACUGCAUGCCGCUAUGAUCCUCGCAGUAACACUUGGACAGAGAUAGCUCCUAUGAAAAACUGCCGUGAGCAUUUUGUACUUGGAGCCUUGGAUGAAUACCUAUACGCAGUGGGUGGAAGGAAUGAACUGCGGCAGGUUUUGCCCACUGUGGAGAGAUACUGUACAAAGAAAAACAAGUGGUCUUUCGUACAAUCAUUUGAUAGAUCACUGUCCUGCCAUGCAGGAUGUAUGGCUGAUGGGCUUCUUUGGAUCUCAGGUGGAGUGACCAACACUGCUCAGUACCAGAACAGACUUAUGGUGUAUGAUCCAAGUCAGAAUAAAUGGAUCAGCCGCAGUCCAAUGUUACAGAGGCGAGUCUAUCAUGUUAUGGCAGCUGUCAAUAGAAAACUUUAUGUCCUUGGAGGAAAUGACUUGGACUACAACAAUGAUCGGAUUCUAGUUCGUCAAAUUGACUGUUAUAACAUAGACACUGACCAGUGGGUCCGCUGCCAUUUCAACCUACUCACAGGUCAAAAUGAAUCAGGUGUAGCUGUGCACAAUGGAAGAAUCUAUCUAAUUGGUGGGUACUCCAUCUGGACCAAUGAGCCAUUAGCAUGUAUCCAGGUCCUGGAUGUCAGUACAGAAGGCAAAGAAGAGGUGUUUUAUGGGCCAACACUACCUUUUGCUUCCAAUGGAAUAGCAGGAUGCUUUCUCCCAGCCCCUUAUUUUACAUGCCCUAAUCUUCAGACACUGCAAGUGCCUCAUCACAGGAUAGGUGCUAUGUGA